AUGCCCGCUAUGCGCUUCGGUCGUUGCAUAACGACGUCACUUCUUUCCCGGCUUUCCAAACGGAAUUCAUGGCAGGCCGCACCUUCACGGAAGUGUUACCGCAUCUUCUCCGAUCGUCAAUGGCAUGCCGCUCUAGAUUUCAUAAACAAAUCCAUCUCUAGCCGCCGCGACGCCUACGUGUACCAAGUACCAAACAAGAAAAGUCCUGAACUUCCCCCGUCUAUCGCCAUCGUGCCCUCUUCCUCAUUGUGGUCCAUCUGUGAAACUGAGAAGACACAGUGCAUCUCGAGGGAACGUCACGAUGGAAGGGGAGGAAUAGCAUGUGUGCUACUAGGCUUUGAUGAAGUUCAAACCUACAUGGCAACGUACACCCCGUUCUCAUCCGUCAUGCCCUCCUCGAUUUCAUCCCAACAAGACAGGCAAGGGCUCACGCCUCUCCGACCUUCCCUUCCCCUUCUCCUACCCAUGACCAACUCUGGGCUGCUGCUGCACAAGAUCCCCGGGAUUCGACUUCCAUUCCCUGUAGCCGCUACCUUCACCUCCGUUGGUGAUCGACGGAGGAUUCGACUAGCCCCUCCUGCCCUUUCGAACUUUGUCGUUUCUGCUCUCGGCAGCUCACAAUUUACUCUCUCCGCUUAUAGGGAAAAGCCGAGCAUGACUGACCGAUUGGACCAUUUGUGGGAUCUCGUCGAUGGCAAGGAUACCAUGACGUUGGGUUAUCGUGUUCUUCGUGCCCAAUCAUAUUGGGCUUCCCGCGUCGGCGGGCCAAGCGAAGUCGACGUCCGCGUAUCUAAUCACCGACUCACAGCACUAGCUAAAAGCUCAACGUUCAACGCUUGUCUUCGGACUUCAACGAAUCGCUCUUUUAACAACCUCAGAGUGCGGCGCUGGAUCGAUGCACAUCGGUGGAUUUGGAAAAUCCUGACGGACAGCUUCUGCAUAGGCUCCCUCCCUCCUGGACCCAGAACGUCGACGACACAUGCCUUACAAUUUAACUCUUCCUAUACGAGCGUAGACUCCACAAUCAAGGAAUCCGCUCGCUUGCAAGUCAACGAGACCGCCAACCCGGAGGGAUUUGAGCCAACGUCUACAAUCACCUUGCAAACGAUCACCGAUCAUACGUUGACUGAGGAUCAUGAGUUGCAUAGGGGACUAUCUGCUCCCCACUUGCGUUCGUUGCUCAAAGGCAGAAUGGGAGCGGAGCUGCUGCUCACAAACUUCAUCCUCGCAAUCUUCUCUCCGCGCUUCGAGAUCUCCUAA